UGAAAUUGUGCAAACUAGGUAAUUUCUCAUAAUUUGGUGUUGAAAGUAAAAAUGCUAACAAACUGCACCUCACCCUCAAGUUCCGGUGAAGAGACCCACGUGCCCUCCUCUUUGACUCAAGGCCGCCAUCAUGCCAGGAAAAGUUACAAAACGCAGCAAAGGUCCCGUAAAGAAGGGGAAGGGCAAAGGCCGCAAGAAGCGAGUCACCCUCCACUAUAUGGUGGACUGCACACACCCUGUUGAAGAUGGCAUCAUGGAUGUAGCCAGCUUCGAAAAAUACCUCCAUGAAAGAAUCAAGGUUGAUGGCAAAACAAACAACUUUGGUAACAAUGUCACCCUUGAAAGGAAGAAGAACAAGAUUGAACUUACCUCUGAAAUCCCCUUCUCAAAGAGGUAUCUGAAAUACUUGACAAAGAAGUACCUGAAGAAGAACAACCUCCGAGACUGGCUCCGAGUGGUGGCCAGUACUAAAGAGGCCUUUGAACUGAGAUACUUCCAGAUCAACCAGGACGAGGAGGAAGAAGAGGGUGACGAGUAGCCUCCCUUUGAUUAGCGAUGUAUCUUGCAAAGGCAGUAAACACUUUUAUUGCA